UGUUGCUGUUGAAGUUGGAUUCACGGAAUUUUCUGUCUUUUUCUCCUCCUCCUCCUCCUUAUAAAGGUUCAGAGUGUGUCCUCCUCCACGUUCAGACUUUUACUCCGACGCCCAUAUGCUGCCGCAUUAUUACAGAAUUGAGGUCCUCACCGUCGCCGGAGUUUUGUUUCCGGUCAAAAUCCUCUGAAAUCAGUGUAUACUGAGACCCACCUCUCUUCAUCGCCGGGGUCCUCUGGAUCUUCCAAUCACUUGCACUCAACAAUCAACAUGGCUUAUGUUUCGAGCAACAAAGAGGGAGACUCUUAUGAUGUGAGCAAUGGUGAUGCUCAGAAAACCGUUUUCGAUUUGGGUGCAUUUGUUGGGGACUUGACCGUUGAGGAGGAUGCAAGCAGUGAUGAUAUAUCGUUAGAAGGACUGCAGCAAGAAUUGGAAGAAUGUAAACACGAUGAUGUAGUUGCGAACAUAUUGUCUAAAGGCACGAAACUUCGGGAGCAUACAAAGGGGGUUGAGAACAAUAUACGACAAGUUGAAUUGGACUCCAUCCAGGACUAUAUUAAAGAAAGUGAUAAUCUGGUAUCUCUUCAUGAUCAAAUUCGUGAUUGUGACAGCAUCUUGUCACAGAUGGAAACUCUUCUGAGUGGAUUUCAGUCAGAGAUUGGUUCAAUAAGUUCAGACAUCAAAAUUCUCCAGGAGAAGUCUAUGGACAUGGGUUUGAAGCUGAAGAAUCGCAAGGUGGCAGAAUCAAAAUUGGCAAAGUUUGUUGAAGAUAUUAUAGUCCCUCCAAGAAUGGUAGACAUAAUUGUUGAAGGCGAGGUGAAUGAUGAAUAUAUGAAAACUUUAGAGAUUCUAAGUAAGAAGCUCAAGUUUGUAGAAGCAGAUCUUAUGGUUAAAACUUCAAAAGCCCUAAAAGAUGUUCAGCCUGAGCUUGAAAAACUCCGACAGAAAGCAGUUUCCAAGGUGUUUGACUUCAUUGUUCAGAAGCUUUAUGCAUUGAGAAAACCUAAAACAAAUAUCCAGAUCCUUCAGCAGAAUGUUCUUUUGAAGUACAAGUAUGUUGUUUCCUUCCUGAAGGAACAUGGCAAGGAUGUAUAUAUUGAGGUUCGCGGAGCAUACAUUGACACAAUGAACAAGGUUCUCAGUGCACAUUUCCGCGCUUACAUUCAAGCACUUGAGAAACUGCAGUUAGAUAUAGCAACAUCUAGUGAUUUAAUUGGUGUUGAGACUAGAAACACUAGUCUCUUUUUAAGAGGAAGGGAACCACUGAAGAACCGGUCUGCUGUCUUUGCCCUUGGGGAGAGGAGAAAAAUUUUAAAGGAAAUUGAGGAACCUGCAUUGAUUCCACAUAUAGCUGAAGCCAGCAACAUCAAGUAUCCAUACGAGGUCCUCUUCAGGAGCUUGCACAAGCUACUUAUGGAUACUGCUACUUCCGAGUAUCAUUUCUGCGAUGAUUUCUUUGGUGAAGAAUCCAUAUUUUAUGAAAUUUUUGCAGGCCCAUUUUCUGUAAUUGACGAGCACUUCAAUUCAAUACUUCCAAAUUGUUACGAUGCUAUUGGGGUAAUGCUUAUGAUUCGCAUAAUACACCAGCACCAGCUCAUUAUGUCUAGGCGGCGUAUUCCAUGCUUGGACUCAUACCUUGAUAAGGUCAAUAUUGCCCUAUGGCCUCGCUUUAAGAUGGUGUUUGACCUGCAUCUAAACAGUCUGCGGAAUGCAAAUGUGAAGACAUUGUGGGAAGAUGAUGUUCAUCCUCACUAUGUCAUGAGGCGUUAUGCUGAAUUUACAGCUUCACUUAUCCACCUCAAUGUGGAAUAUGGAGAUGGGCAGCUUGAAUUAAAUUUGGAGCGACUGAGAAUGGCUAUUGAUGACUUGCUUAUCAAGCUUGCUAAAUCAUUUCCAAAACCAAAACUACAAACCGUGUUUCUGAUAAACAAUUAUGAUAUGACGAUUGCUGUGUUGAAGGAAGCUGAUCCAGAAGGUGGUAAAAUUCAAAUGCACUUUGAGGAACUUCUGAAAAGCAACACGGCAUUAUUUGUGGAGGAACUACUACUAGAGCAUUUUGGUGAUUUAAUCAAGUUUGUUAAAACCCGAGCUUCGGAGGAUCCAAGCGCUAGUUCUGAGAAGCCUAUAACUGUUGCGGAGGUUGAGCCCCUCGUGAAGGACUUUGCAAGUAGAUGGAAAGCUGCAAUCGAACUGAUGCACAAAGACGUCAUAACUUCUUUCAGCAACUUCUUGUGUGGUAUGGAGAUCUUGAGGGCGGCAUUGACUCAGCUGUUGCUCUAUUACACUAGGCUCUCGGAUUGCAUAAAGAGGGUUGUUGGUGGGUCUGCUCUCAACAAGGAUCUAGUGUCCAUACCGUCAAUCAUGUACGAAAUUAGAAAAUACUCGAGGACUUUCUAGGUUGUUUCGGUUCAUAUGGGUUUCCUGCGUUUGGACUUUUGAGCAUAAUGUAACACUUGCAGUCAUCAAAACUUGCCGAAGAAAGACAGUUACAGUGUACUUUUCGCCAAUAAGCUUCUUCGUGAUUGCUUUUGAA